CUCGACAACACAAAAGAAGCAGGCUGCUUCAUUAAUUCCUUCAACGAACAACAACUUGUACAGCAAACAUCAUUUACUCUAUUCAUUCCAUCCUUCUUCCUCUCGGCACAAACCAUAACCCAGGCCCCUUCCAUUCUUAUAUUCUCAAACCAAGGACAGCAGCAGCCCUCUCCAUCUUCUUCUUCUCGUACAAGAAACCAGGAGCCAGCACCACCUUCCUUCCUCCCCUCUCUCGACAAGCAAGCAGCUCGGGGCCGAGCAUUACCAUCACUCUCCUCCUUCUCGUCCAGUAAACAACUGAGCAUCACCAUUCUUCUCGUCAACAAGCAACAGCAGCUCCAGCUCAUUUCCCUCGCAUCAAAACACGUCCAGAGUGCGACGACGAUCCCGGCGUAUUGUACUUCAACGAAGCUUCAAAAGCCUGGUACCAUCUCGAAGAGGACAAUCCCAGGAACGUCACGGAGUCAACGAAACUAAAUUCCGACGUUAGACGAGGGAGAACGGAGCUAUGAAAGUUUGAGACGUGAGCUGAAACGUACAGGUUUAAGGUAGCAAUCGGAGUAAGGGUUCCACAUCAAGGGAAAUAAGUAAUCGCCACAAGAGGCGAGUGUAAAGGGGGUUUAAGGUAGCAAUCGGAGUAAGGGUUCCACAUCAAGGGAACUAAGUAAUCGCCACAAGAGAUCGUAGAGGAGGAGAUCAAGAUCAGAUAGUUCGUGGACAACAGGUUAGAGGGGCUCAACAUCAACGUCGUUAAAGCAUGGCGGACCAAGCAUCAGAAACAUAUAAUUCUCGUGGACCAAAGAUGAAGGCCCGAAUACAACGAUACAAGGAUCAAAUGAGAUUGUUCUAUAUGGAUGUGGAAUUUCAUCGAGGAAAGCCCAUCAAAUACUACAAUUUGGGGACCUGAAUCAAGAGAAGAUGGGCUUGGAGGAAGGACUGAAGAAUUCGUCCCAAGAGGAAGGAUUUCCCCGUGGUGUGCACAGAAGGUGUGAAAGGAAUAUCAAGUGUGAACACAAGCCAUGUGAGGGAGGAUUUUAAGGCUAGAAUUAAGGGUUGAAAAGUCAAAGUUGUUUCCUUUUCUUUUUUACUUGUUUGUUAAGAUUUUUG